CAUUGCCAAGCCUCAGUCACUCUUUCAAACCCGCACCUUUUUUCCCCCUCACAGGACUUAGCAUCUCUCUCCGCGUCCUCGCCAAGACGAAAAUGCAGAUCUCCGGCUUCGUUACCCUUGCGGGUCUUAUCAUGGGCGCUUCUGCCAAGCUCCACAGCGCGGCCGUCUGCGUUCAGAACCGUUCGUACGGCAGCACUGGCAACGGCACACCCUACGGGCUGACCUACGGCAACUUUGUCAGCUACGAGAUCGACACUACAGCCACCUCGUGCGCCUGCAGCUACUACCGGGCGCGCCACACUGGUAGCCACCAGUGGGACUCGUGCCCCGACUGCAAAUUUGACGGCAUCGAGUGCUUGUCCGACGGCUGGCACAUUGGUGGAGAUGAGAUGACCUACUACUGCGAGAAGCUGUGCCACUCUCAGGGUGCUCAGGCCAACUGAGUGGCUUCAAACCGCACGUGCUUGGGA